CGUGAGGCAUCUGUAGUAAGCGCACGCGCUUGUCUGUUAGAAUUAUAAUUCCCAGUGCUUCCCAAACCUCGGUUACGAUGUUCACCUGUAUCAGUUGCAAUAAGGAGCACUCAGAUGGGCCGGUGUGCUGUGUUUGUAAGAACCAGUUCGACUUCGCAUGUGCCGGCGUCACAGAAACCGGGUUUAGAAGACUGGGUGAAAGAAGAAAUAACUGGCGGUGCCCUGGGUGUAAGUCCGGAUCUUCACUUUCGCCUGCCGCAACAUCCCCAAUGCCUUCCCAGUUGGACAGUAUACAGGAGCAGUUGAGUCGGAUCACUUUCCAGCUGGAGCCGUUGAAGUCUCUCACGGCAGAUGUUGCCGUUAUCAAGGCCGAAAUGUCAGAUUUAAAAGCCUCUGUUGAAAUGGCUCACUCGGCUUUUGCGUCUUUGGAUGCUCGCGUCAAAAGUGUUGAAAAGGCUUUGACAGAGAUCCCUGAUUUGCAGGAGGAAGUAUGCAGACUGCGGCAAGAGCUUGAGGAUAGGGAUCAGUGGGCUCGAGCGAACAAUGUCGAGAUCCGUGGGGUACCCUUAAGGAAGGGAGAAAAUCUAUAUGAGAUUGCGGAAAGGAUAGGGGAGUUGAGUAAUUUCCCUAUAAGAAGGGAAUCUAUAAGCUACAUUGCGAGGAUACCUACUCGAGUGCCUGAUGCUGAGAAACCUAUAAUAAUAUCGUUUAAUAAUAGAUAUAUUAAAGAAGAUUUGGUGGCGUCCGCGCGUAAAAGCAAGCAGCUUACGCUCGCAGGUUUGGGUUUCUCUGCUACUGGUCCGUUCUACGUAAACGACCAUCUGACCCAGAAGAAUAAGACCUUGUUAAGUAAGGCGAGAUCACUGGCUCGAGAGACGGAUUUCAGAUAUGUUUGGGUGAAGCAUGCAAAAAUUAUGGCCAGAAAAUCCGACACGUCACCUGUUUUUAUUAUAAGAAACGAAAAAGACCUUUUAAAAAUAGUUUAACUUUGUUUCUUGAAUGCGUUAGACUCCCGAAGUUGCAGUCUUUUAGAUUUUGUUAUAAACUUGUAAGCAGAUUGAGAACCAUGCGUGCAUUCCUUCCUUUGUGUUUUUAUGUGAGUCGGCUCGGUGGAGCGGGCUACCUGUUUCCGCAGGUAAGUGCUCGUAGGCAACGG